AUGCGAUCACGUCAUGACGGCAAAAUAAAUCCAGGUCCUCCGGCACUUUACCGUCUGAACACUGAAAAACAUUGUAUUGAUGGGAAUCAGAACAAGAUCAGACGAUGGACAUAUGGAAGAAAAGAUGAAAACAAGAAGAACAAAGUCAUACUUGUGGUGGGAGAAACCGGCGCUGGGAAAACCACCAUGAUCAACACCAUGAUCAACUACAUACUGGGAGUGAAGUUUGAGGAUCAAGAGUUUUAUCAAAUCACAGAUGAAGAAGAAGAAGAUGAAACACAAUCCAAGACAUCUGAGAUCACAGUUUAUGAGGCGUUUGUUGAAGAAAACCCAACAUCUCUGACCAUCAUUGACACUCCAGGAUACGGAGACACUGAAGGAGUCGAGAGAGACAGAGAGAUUGCUGAGUAUCUGACCAGAUUAUUUUCAGAUAAUGAUGAUGGGAUUCAUUACAUUGAUGCAGUGUGUUUUGUGAUGAAGGCGUCUCAGAAUCGUCUCUCUGGAAAAGAGCAUUACAUAUUUCACUCAGUUCUGUCUCUGUUUGGUAGAGAUAUAGAGGAGAACAUCGUGUUUCUACUCACAUAUUCAGAUGGAGGACCUCCAACAGAUGCUCUCAAUGGCAUUAACACAGCAGGAAUACCCUGCAGAAGAGAUGAAGACAAUGAACCUGUUCACUUCUUAUUCAACAACCGACAGAAACAGAAAAGAGACAAAAAGUAUGAGCAAACAUUCAGAUCAGCCUGGGGAAUGGGAGAAGAAAGCAUGAAUGAGUUCUUCAAACUCAUGGAAGAAAAGAACAGAAAAAGUGUUCAGAUGACAUUAAAUGUUCUACAAGAGCGAAGACGACUCGAGGCCUGUGUCUCUAAUCUGAAGCAGAGAAUAGAGGAGAAGGAGUCAAAAACUGAUGAACUGAAACAGAUUCAGGAAAUCCUCAGACAGAACAGAGACAAGAUCAAGAAGUGUGAGGACUUUCAGUUUACAGUGACGAAGUCCUUCAAAGUAAAAGUCCCCAUUGUAAAUGAGUGGCUGUGGAACAGAAACGCGACCUGUUGCUCCGUCUGUGAGGAAAACUGUCAUGAGUGGCACUGUGAUUGGGUCUCUCCCAGUAAACUCUCACAGUGUUGGGUCAUGAAAGACGAUCACUGCACUGUGUGUUCAGGAAAGUGUCAUUACAGCGAACACGUCAAAGAGAACAAAAAAUAUGUGACGAAGACGGAGGAUGUCAAAAUGACAUUUAACAAACUCAAACAGGAGUAUGAACGCAAUAGUGAAAAGCCUAAAACCAGAUUUGACAAAAACAAAUAUGAUACUACUAAAGAGGAACAUGAAAGUAUCAUGAAAGAGUCAGAGAAUAUAACAGGAAUAGAAAAACAACUGAUCAGAGAUCUGGAGAAGAUUAAAGAAGAAAAGUCCAAACUGCUGCAUGAAGUUUAUAUGGCCAUCAUGAGUCUGUCUAAGAUCGCACUAAAAGCCGACAGCGCUUUCACUCUUCAACAUCUGGAUUUCCUGAUUCUCAGACUGAAGGAGGAGGAGGGAAAAGAGGAAUGGAUGAAGAACCUGGAGGAUCUGAGGAAAGCUGGAGAAGACAAGAAAAAUAAAGGGGCUUUACAGUUUAUGAUGGGCUUUUUCAGUCGUGAUAAAAAAUAAUAAAUGCAACAAAUCUGAAAAUACACGAUGAAAGAGCAGAAUAGAUAUUAAUCCAUCAGUGAAAAUGAUUCUCACAAUUACUUUACAUGAUCAAAUGAC